AUGGCGACGUACCAAAACGGCGUGGCCCCGGCCCGCGCCGUCGCCGACGACAGCGAUGUCGAGGAGGAGGUCCUCGUUGCCGAGUACAAGGAGCACGUCCAGUACGAGGACGGCGAGGAGCUGAGCCAGACCAACUCCUUGACCAUGGCCCAGCAGACCGACGACAUCCAGGCGCGCCUCGUCCAGGCCGCCCAGCCCCUCGACUUCUCCGCGCCCCUCGAGGUCAAGUUCCAGAGCUACGACUCGUACUGCAGCUUGUUCCACUUUAUCCUCAACUCCGAGGGCCCCGUCGAUCUUGAUCCUCCCUCGCACUUCUGGGCGUGGGACGUCAUCGAUGAGUUCAUCUACCAGUUCAACUCGUUCAGCUCCUACCGGUCGCGCAUCGCCCGGCAGGCGUCCAACGAGGAGGAGAUCCAGAUCCUCAAGGAGAACCCCAACACUUGGGGCUGCUACAGCGUCCUCAACGUGCUGUACUCGCUCAUCCAGCGGUCGCAGAUCACCGAGCAGCUGGCUGCCAUGCGCCGCAACGAGGACCCCGCGGCCGUCGCCGGCGACUACGGCUCCAAGCCCCUGUACCGCAUGCUCGGCUACUUCUCCAUCAUCGGCCUGCUGCGGGUGCACUGCCUGCUCGGCGACUUCAGCCUCGCCCUCAAGACGCUCGACGACAUCGAGCUCAACAAGAAGGGCAUGCUCGCGCGUGUCAUGGCUGCCCACUUCACCACCUACUACUACCUGGGCUUCUCCUACAUGAUGAUGCACCGCUACGCCGACGCCAUCAAGAUGUUCAGCCACAUCCUCAUCUACAUCUCGCGCACCAAGACGUACCAGAAGAACCCCCAGUACGAUUCCAUCACCAAGAAGAACGAGCAGAUGUACGCCCUCAUCGCCAUCUGCGUUGCCUUCCAGCCCACCCGUCUCGACGACACCAUCCACAGCGCGCUCCGCGAGAAGUACGGCGACCAGCUGCUUAAGCUGCAGCGCGGCGGCCCCGAGUCGCUGCCCAUCUUCGAGGAGCUCUUCCGCACCGCCUGCCCCAAGUUCAUCUCCCCCGUGCCUCCGGACUUUGAGAACCCCGAGUCCAACAUCGACCCCGUCGAGCACCACCUGGCCGUCUUCAUGGACGAGGUCAAGACCAACAUGUGGAGCCCCACUAUCAAGUCGUACCUGCGCCUGUACACCACCAUGGACCUCAACAAGCUGGCCGGCUUCCUCGAGGUCAAGCCCGACGAGCUGCGCUCCUGGCUGCUCGUCACCAAGCAGCGCACCAAGCAGCUGCGGUACCAGGACCAGGGCUUGCUCGAGGGCGAGCUGGUCAACGUCAGCGACCUCGACUACGCUCUGCAGGGUGACUUGAUUCACAUCUCCGAGGCCAAGGUCGGCCGCAAGCUCGUCGACUGGUACCUCCGCAACCUCUCCCGCACUUACAACUAA